GCCUCCUGACCCAGACAGCCCGGGGCGCGAGGGAGCCUGGGGCCGAGCACAGGUCGCGCCGCCCCCAGCCUCGGGCCGAGAGCCAAGAGUUCUAGGCCUCCUCAUCCGGAUAUGAUGAAAAGGAGCAACAGAGGGAGAAGUGUUUCUGGAGUGUAGGAGUGGUGGAAGGGGGAAAGAGGCAGAGGGGGAAGAGUCCCCCUUGGAGGGGAACCGGCCGGAUUGAGCUGGCUGGAAAGAGGGGGCGGAGAGCGCGAAGUCAGAGGAGCAGCCGCUGCCGCAGUUGCCGCCACUGCGGUGUGUGGCUGAGCCGGAGAGAGGAGGGGAGGGACACUCAGGGGCGGCCGCCUCCGUCAGGCCACCGCGACAUGCGGCCCCUGCCGGAGCCUUGCUAACUUUCAGGCGGAAGAGGAGGAGGAAGGGGCUUGGAGCGAGUUGGGGGGAUGCCGAGAAGCAGUCAGUUCCCUGCACCCAACACCUAACAGCCCUCGGUGCGUCCGCCCAGCAGGGCAGCGAGCUAGGCGGAGGCGCGGCGAGGGCUCGGUGGAGCGGCCCAUGUCCGGCGCGGGCGAAGCCCUCGCUCCCGGGCCCCAGCGCGGGGCCGAGGCGGGCGGCGGCGGGCUGGGCGCCCCAGCCCAGGAAAAAUGUGAUAAAGAAAAUACUGAGCGAGAGAUAUCUCAAGCUACCAAUAGCUGCUUCACUCAUGGAGAGAUCCAAGACCAGUCCAUUUGGGGAAACUGUUCGGAUGACGAACUCAUCAGAACACAACCUCAGCGCUUGCCUCAGCUUCAAACCACAGCACAGGAAAGCGAGGAGGAAACAGGCAAGAUAAAGAACGGCCACCCGAGUCUGAGCAAUGGAAAUGGAAUCCACCACGGGGCCAAACUGGUAUCUGCAGAGAACCGAAGACUUUCAGCGCCUGUGUCCCAAAAAAUGCAUAGAAAAAUCCAGUCCAGCUUGUCUGUAAACAGUGACGUCAGUAAGAAGACUAAAGUAAAUGCUGUCUUCUCCCAAAAGACAGGCUCUUCACCUGAAGAUUGCUGUGUCCACUGUAUCCUGGCCUGCUUGUUCUGUGAAUUCCUGACCCUCUGCAAUAUUGUCCUGGGACAAGCUUCGUGUGGCAUCUGCACCUCCGAGGCCUGCUGCUGCUGCUGCGGAGAUGAAAUGGGAGAUGACUGUAACUGCCCCUGUGACAUGGACUGCGGCAUCAUGGAUGCCUGCUGCGAAUCGUCGGACUGUUUGGAAAUCUGUAUGGAAUGCUGUGGAAUUUGUUUUCCUUCAUAAAUAUUUAUCUUCCAUUUGUGUUAAAACUGGAGAGUGUUUUAAAACUUUUCUUUUAAGGGGGAAGAAAAGCACAUGGUAAGUCUCAUCUAACAACCCAGGAUUUGCACUGUUAACUCAUUAUUUUUAGUAAUCUCUGAAUGCCUUUUUUUUUCCUCUAACCAAAUCUACAUGGUUUAAUAUGUGAAAUUUUAACUACUUUUAAACUUAAUAAAUUACAAUGACUGAGGGACAUUUUCACUAAAAAAAAAAGGGGGGGAAGAAAAAGAAAAAAAAAGAAAAAACUGGUUCUUUCCUUUUAUACUCAUUUCUAUGUCUUUUAACCAUGCUUAGGAGCCUCUUGCUCCAAAUAUCUUACAUCUCAGUGGGUAUUUAACUCAAUUUAUGUUUGAUGAUUAACAAUGGUUAAAAGUAAGCAUUCUUGAAAGUAAACUUUGGGAAACAUGCCCACACAGUCGUUGGGACCCAGUGUUGACCUCCCUGCUCUGUCCUCCCCCCGGUCAUCAGACACUGAGCGCCUACUAUCUGUAAUCUCCUGCUGCACCGCAGAGAGGCCUGUCAUCCAGCUCCCAUCCAGAGGAGCACGCACAGGUUAGCAGACGAGAGGCCUGUAAAGAGUGAGCCAGUCCACAAGGCAUACUGAAGUGAGGCUGAUGAGACAGAGGACCUCAAAAGGCUACAGGAAUACACCGAAAAGAACAGCUCCUGUCUACUGGAAUAUUCAGAAAGCUUCAAGGAGAAUGUGGCAUUUGAGGAGGCCUCUGAGGAGGAGUGAUUCAUCUGCUGCUGGGAUGAAUUAGCUUUAGGACCAGGUUUUAGGUGGCCAGUCUGAGCUGCGUGUGCCCUUAAGCAGUUACAAGAAAAAUGCCUUCCAUAUGUAGUUUCUUUAGUUGAAGCUGUACACCUUUUUUGAAACUAUAAAAUUUAAAUUAACUAAAAAUACGCAUUUUUCACAUAUAAUUUAGAUGUUAUGCUGAAGUUUUGAUAAAAAUAGAAUGCUAUAUUAAAAUAGCUAUAUUUUAUAAAGAAUGUGGAAUACUUUUAACAAACUGCAUUUAAAUUCGGAGAUGUUUUUAUAUUAAAAUCCCAGCAUUGAUUUUGAUUUGUUCAAAAGCUUUCCUUUUUUUUUUCCUUUAUGGAGAGCUUUAAGUCUUUUUUCAUGGGUUGUUUGGUUAAGAAACAAAUCAGAAAGAAAACAAACAUUCUAUUUUAUAAACACAGUCUUCAGUGGAAACCACUCCUUCCAAUGCAGUGGGAGUGAGAAUCUUCACAUCCACGACUAUGACCAAGUUUCAGUAUUGUAGUUUUAUAUUAAAUUAAACCAAUAUGGCAGGUCAUAAAGAUUCUUAAGUGUAAAGAAAUAAAUCAGUUGCAAGACUUACUAGAGUUACUAAGACACAGAGACAUUGUGUGGUGCCGGGGAGAGUAGAUUUUCAUACUCCAUGCUCUCCUACUAAGUUUGAGCUCCCCAGAUUGUAGUUUAGCCUGAUUUAAUGUAAUUUCUUCUAGAAAUUUUGAGAGUAUACUUCUGGAUUAAUAGUAAUUUUCAGUUCUUCCAGUUGAGCACCAAGUUGAUAGUAAAAACAAAUGCAUGUUUUUAGGAAGCCUUUCAACAAACAAACAAAGGCUUUUAAGAACGAUUUUAAACCUCAAGCAUGGGUAUGUCACUGAUCAUUUCUCCUUUGAGAUGAAACCUAGUUUCUGCUUAUAUCAUUACUUAAAGGGCUUAAAAAAGAAAAAAGCUAGCAGACUCUUGAAUCCCCUUUUCAGUACUCUACACACACACACACACACACACACGGUUAAAUUGUUGGGUUUAAAUAGAAUUCUAGUAAACAGCUGUCUUUCUCUUCCUUGUCUAAAGAGUGUCUUUGAUGUAACAAAUGAAACAGAAGAACACCUUUCUACUAUUUCAGAGUAGCCAGAAUCUGAAUAUUUACAUAUACCUAAAGUUAACUUACGCAUAUAUGUUAGGAUGUAAGAGUAUUAACUUUGUAUUGACAUAUAAAGCCUUCUAAUGACCUGGAAUCAUUAAAACAUCCUUUUUGUCCUGCCAACGUAUUCAGCCAAAUCGUUUCUCUAAUAUUUAAGUGUAUUCUGCUACUAGUUGCCAUGAAGAUAUUAGUACUUUUAAAACAAUGUUUCUCUGUAACAGAGAGCAUUCACUGAUAGCAGAAUUUUAUUUUCGUAUUUAUAUUCAGUGUACUUUCCCACUAUUGUCUACUCUGCAGUCAUUCCAUAAAGCACCUUGUAUGAUUUUUAAAAAAUAAGUGAAGAAAACAAAAGUAGGCAAAUGUGAAAGUAGUUUCAAUAUAUAUUUUAGAAUUUCUGUGUGUAAAAUGUUUUGUUGACUCCUGGCUGUCAUGACUAAGUGCUGUAGUUUACAGUUAUAGAUUUGGUCUCCUUUUAAAUGUGGAAACUUAAUCUUAAAUAUUUUUAAACUGGACCUGUAUUAUCCUGAAUAUUAUUUUGAAAUAAAAAAGGACUUCUCUGUU